AUGCAGGGAGCGCAGCCGAUCCCCAAAUUCGGUAGCUUCAGGCCGAAACCAGCUCCGGUAGCUGAAGCCCGUCGCGAGGAGGAAAAACCCCGACACAGAGAUGAAAGCUCGCGGCAUCGGCCCCGGCAUCACACCCAUCGCCAUCGCUCGCGUUCUCGUGAACGGUCCUCACGUCAUCGCUCCAAGAGGGAUAAGGAGUCCAAAGAUGAGCCAAAGGAACUUCCACAGGAGACCGCGAAGCCUACCGAGGCGGCGUCGGAUUUAUACGUGAUUGAUCGGAAGGGGGACAUCCAUAACUUGACGUAUGGUACUCUGCAUCGCUACAAUAUACCUCGCUAUCGUCGCGCUGGCCAGGGCGGAAUAAUUGGCUUACCGCGGAGAUUCAAGAUUGAUCGCAAUUACCAUGAUGAAGGCUCAGUGCUUAUUCAUGCUGACAUUUGGCACGGCGAUGAAACACGCCACAGGAACAAAAGUUUACUGUCUGGAUCAAUUACAAAGGAGCGACGAUUGUUCCGUAUGCGUCAAGAUGGUACAGCUGAUAUCAACGCGGAUAAGGACUAUGUACCGCUCAGCUCUGGCGGGAGUCGAAAGCGCCGACGGAAACUAGGCGAUUAUGCCCUCGAAGACGUAUCGGAUUCGGAUUCUGAGAAAUAUGGAUAUCGGUCAAUACAUGGGAAAGCUAAAGCCGAGCAGGACGUUCCAAGUGACAUGGGGUCAACUUCAGCCUCAGACAGCGAUGGAGAAGGGACUGCUUUUAAAUGGGAAAGAGAAAUCAGACAACAAAAUUCCCAGCUGUUGAAAAAUGCAGAAGAUAACCCCACCAAUGUGGAUACCUGGGUGGAAGUCAUUGAAUAUCAAAGCACACUUCUCGCUGGGGCUGACGGCCGUCGACAACUGACGGCCGCUGAGAAGCGAAGUCUAGCGGACAUCAAAUUAUCUCUAUAUGAUAAAGCUCUCAAAAAACUAGGCAACCGACCAGGGAAAGAUCUCCUACUUCUGGGGUAUCUGGAGGAGGGUGCGAAUUUGUGGGAAUCGAAAAAGCUUACGGAACAGUGGAAUGCUAUCCUAAAAAACAACCCUGGAUUUAUCAGUCUUUGGGUUCGUUACUUGGACUUUCGACAAAGCGAAUUUUUAGAAUUCACAUAUGAGCGGUGCAAAAACAUUUACCUGGAGUGCAUGAAGCUCAAUGCAUCAAUCUCGGACAAUGUAGAAAAGAAUACGAUCUUGACUUAUCUCUUUCUCCGAAUGACUCUUUUCAUGCGAGAGGCUGGUUUCUCGGAAUUUGCAGUCGGUUUAUGGCAAGCUGUUUUGGAAUUUACAGUGUUCCGUCCUGGUGAGCCUAAUGAAAGUUUGAGGAGUGAGAUUCUUGCUACAUUCUCGUCCUUCUGGGAUUCAGAAGUCGCGCGAAUUGGAGAACCCGGAGCCAAGGGAUGGAAAAGUGGCAGCAGCUCGGAAUUAGAGAUAUCAAGUUCUACUUCGCAAACUGAACUUCGAACGAAGUCGCUAUUUUCUUCGUGGAAUAAAGCAGAAAAGCGAUUAACUCACAGCGCUCGUCUUCCUGCGAGAUCUGUGGAUGAAGUCGAGAAUGAAGAUCCCUAUCGUGUCGUUUUAUGGUCAGAUAUCGAAGAAUUCCUACCUUUUUUCAUCGACUGGGAUAAUCCGAGUCAUCUGAUCGAGAGCUUCAUAGCUUUUUGUCACUUGCCCCCAUUAAACUCUCCGAGAUGUUAUGAAAAGGCAGGAUCUUCUGGUGGCGAUGCCUUUCUUCGUAACGAAAUAAUGUAUUUUUCCAACAACUCAGUCAUGGGCAUUUUACACCCCGUGUCUGAUGAUCCAGAAACGAACAGUUCAUCCAAGCUGUUCAAGUUGGCCAUUCUCCAAAAUAUGGUACACACUACCGACUCUCUCUUCGGCUACAAGAACUGGUUCCCAUCAUUGUCUGCCUGGAAAAUGGCCACUGCGAGCGCAGAGUCGAUUAUUGAUGCAGACUGGAUCCGUCGAUCCCUGAGACUUCUAGUCGAAUCUUCACCCCAUGAUGACAUAUUAGCAGAGUAUACACUAGCUAUCGAAUUUGCCGUCAACGAGAAAGACGCGAAGAAAUACGCAAAAUCACUUCUCAAGAAACGACCGUCAAGUCUUCGGCUCUACAACGCGUUUGGAAUAAUUGAAUCUUGCUCUGGAAACUCAUCAACUGCAACACAUGUAUGGGCAACAACUCUCUCGAUGGCAACAGACUUACAGGAGAUACAAAAACUCGAAUACGGCCCUCUAAUCCACAGCUGGGUAUGGGAGUACUUGUCAUCUAAUACGCCUGCAAAAGCAAUUGAGCUGCUCCUGUCAGUGCCUACAUUCACUGUUGAUCUGAAAGCCUUGGGGGAGGCCUCUUCGCAAAGAAACAUAACUCCUGCUGAACAUUUAAAAGCCUUGCGGUUCCUUGACGAAUGCUCAGAUCACGCGCUUUCAGUUCAGAAUUUUUAUGCAUUCACAGCAUGGACGGAUCUUGCUGCUCUCCUACGCUACCUAACAAAGUCCUCCCAUCUUCCAUCCGCCAUAGAGUUAUACACCAGCGCCUUUGCCCGACUCAACGUUUACUCCCAUAUCCCUGAAGCCCAUAAAUUAUACGCAUCAGAACUACUGCAUCAAAAUCGCUCACGCCUAUUGUACCAUCACAUCACCACCCGGCAGACACACAAGCCGACCGAUAUCAGAGAAUUACUACUCGAAAGUGUAAAACUUUUCCCUGGAAACACCAUCUUUCUCUCACUAUUUACCUGGAACGAAUCCCGUUUCCGAAUCGACGAGCGAAUCCGCGACGUCCUACCCAUGUCAUCAACUUCUUCCACACGCAGACACGGAGAUGCGGGCAGAAUACCCAUCACAUCAUCCCUCCUUUCAAUCUUCACUGAACUCUCUCGACCGGUCUAUUCAGGCUCGACAGUACACUCUGCCCGCGCCGCGUUUGAGCGCGCCGUGUCAUCACCCUCCUCCGACGCAAAUACCACAAAAUCCACAUUAUCAUCCUCCCUUACCCUCUGGAGGCUCUACAUCACCUUCGAACUUCACCGUGCCCAAAGCCCGGCCGCCGCAAAGCGGGUUUUCUACAGAGCGCUACGCGCUUGUCCGUGGUCAAAGGGCAUACUAAUGCUCGCAUUCGACGAAACUUUAUGGGGUGAAAGCGGGGAACUCGAUGAUUGGUGGGAACUUAGGAGACUGUACAAUGUGCUUGUUGAUAAAGAAUUGAGGAUUCAUGCUGAGAUCGAUGAAGGGUUGUUUGAUGAAGCAGAGGAGGUUGUUAUUGAGAGAGCCGCGAGAAGGCGUCAGGUGGAGAUCCACAAGGAAAAGGGCAAGACGGGACGAAGAGGCAAGAAUAAGGGGUUGGUGAUAGAUUUGCCAGAUGAUAAGAGUAGUGAUGAUGAGAUGAAGCUGGGGUAG